GGCUUUUUGUGACCAGUUGUGCAUCUGCUGGUUGGCUGGUAAACGAUUUGAAGCAUCUUCAGCACAGGUUCUAAUCGAGGCUUUUCUCCUGGGAUCCACAAGGGGAAAGAAAACAAAGAUAAAAAGCUGGGAUGGUGUUGAGUGCAUACUUGCUGGUACUUACCUUCGUCUGGACAGGACAGGCUGCAAAAUUUGUUGUUCCACCAUGUGACUGGCACAUGUUCGAGAGCAACGUCGACAACUGCCUGUCGGACUUCAACAAGAGCUUGGAGGCAAGUGGCUAUCAGGACGGGUGCCCGUGGCCGGCUGUGAAAGGCAACUACAACAAGCUGAAGCACUGUGUGGACGACUGGGCCAAUGAGUCUUGGUGUCGGGGUCACAGAUCUCUGGUAGACAAGGUCUUCAUGGCGGUCCAUGACACGCACUUCUCGGCCUGUGGGCAGGUCCAGGACCCCCCACUCACCACUCUCAUUAUGCUAAUAGCACCUGUUAUCAUAACCACACUACUCCUGCCGCUUCUGUGUGCUAAACUCACCACCUACAACAUAGAGAUGCCCAGCUCUUUGGGGCUCUGAUGAGCUGAACAAUCUUCCUAUCCUAUCUAUCCUAUGCAUAUACAUAUAUAAAAAAUGACACAUGCAUUCACAGAUAUACAAACAAUGAUCAACAUAUACCAUUUAUAGGCACUGUCUUUUUCUAAUAUUCAUUAUUCUCAUUAUAUAUGUGAAAACACUAGAUUGCAUGAUAUCAAAGGUGAACCCUAUGACUGAUAUUUCUUCAAAAGCAUCUUUAAAGCCAUUCAUCAUUGUCAUUUUCCCCCCUCACAUGUUCUAUACUACCUCUCAAUGGCUGGGUGUGUCAUGAGGUUCUGCAACUCAGCAUGAAUCAAGCAUAUCACACGUUCUCUAGACAGAAAUUUAUACUUGACUGUCUGAAUUCUUUGCUGUGAAUGUCUCAACUUUCUGGAACUCAUUAUUUUGUCAUAUAUGGUGAACCCCACCCAUCUGGCACCUAUAGUGAGCAGAGGAAAAAAAAAGAUUUACUGCACCGUUUCUCAGCUUCAUUCCAGAGGUCUAUGUGAUACUUGAAUAAUCUGUAUUGUACUGUAAUUAGUUAAGA